GCACAACACGUUGUGUGUAGUUUGUAUUAUACGCAUGUGUUAGUCUGUUUACAACUACAACAGCUCUAGUAACAAAUUCCGGCAGCCAUGUGUUCUUUUAAGUAGUCGUACCGGUAAAUUAUUUUGCACUCUAUAGUCGACGUUCGGUCGUCGAGCUCAAAUCAGCUCUGAAAUUCGCAUUUUACACACUCCCCUCCUUUCCCCGAAAGUGUAAAAAUAUAAAAUGAACGCGCGCCACGCACUAUUGUGAUAUUUAGUUUUACCGAAAUUUUACGCUUUGUUAUCUUACGUUGUAAAAUCGCCAAGCUAUCAUGGGUAAAGGAGCAAAUAUCGAUGCGCUAAUGGAUAAUUUGGGGGACUUUGGAUCCUACCAACUGCGACAGUUCCUACUUCAUCUACUAUCGGCAUUUACAGCUGGUCUACACAUGUUAGUUCUGGCCACUGUGGCAGCUGUACCCGAAUACAAAUGUAUGGUCCUGGACACAGAAACAAAUGCGACAAAUACACAAUGGAUAUUAGCUAGUCAAGAUAAUAUAAUCGACUCUUGUACAGUAAAAAAUGUUUUUAACGAAACAGAAAAAUGUCACAAUUGGUUAUUUAAUACUACUUACUAUGAAAGCACUAGAGCUACUCAGUGGAGUAUGAUUUGCGACAAUCGGUGGAUGGGAUCUUUGGCCCAGAUGAGCUAUAUGUUGGGAGUGUUUACUGGUGCAGUCGUACUUGGAAGUCUAGCUGAUAAAUAUGGCCGUAAGAAGAUUUUCUGCUAUUCAGCAGUUUUACAACUAAUUGUUAGUGUCGGAGUUGCAUUUAUCAACAAUUACUGGCUGUUUAUUGUGAUCACUUACAUCUAUGGUAUUUUCGGUUCGUCCGGUGCCUACAUUUCCGGAUUUGUAUUGACUAUGGAAUUGGUAGGACCUUCGGUUCGUUCUUUGUGUGGUAUUUUGUUCCAAAUGACAUUUGCGUCUGGUAUCAUGGCAGUAGCCGGUUGGGGAUACCUGAUUAGAGAUUCAUUUUUAUUACAAAUCAUCUAUGGUUUACACAGUUUGCUUUUAAUACCUCACUUGUGGUUAAUAGAUGAAUCGCCAAGAUGGUUAUGGGGCCAAGGAAGAAAAGAAGAAGCGUUGAAAAUCAUACAAAAAGCGGCGAAGACCAAUAAUAAAACUGUGCCGUUGUCUUUGGAAAUAGAUCAAACGACGGCAUUAGACGAAAAACAAAUAAAUCAAGGAUCUGAUCAAUCGUAUACGAUAUUAGAUUUAUUCAAAACACCCAACAUGAGAAAGAACACGAUAAAUGUUUGCAUCUUCUGGUUUGCCGCUAGUUUUGGUUACUAUGGGAUUUCCUUGCGAACUGGUAAAUUGUCUGGAAGUCCUUACUUUAAUCUAUUUGUAACGGCAGCAGUCGAAAUACCGAGUUACUUGUUUGUAAUCGUAGCAAUGGAUCGGUUAGGAAGACGCUUUCUCAAUAGUUCAAUGAUGAUAAUUGGCGCACUUUCGUUAUUAUCGUCUGCAUUUUUCCCUUCUGACCCGCUUUCGCAAAGUAUAUCCACAAACGUUGUAUUCGUGGGCAAGUUUUGUAUAGCCGGAGCGUUUGCCAUAAUAUACAAUUACACGGUGGAACUUUUCCCAACUGUGGUACGAAACACAGCUUUAGGACUUGGCAGCAUGUUUGCUCGGUUGGCUGGAGGUUUCACGCCACUUGUCGCGUUGAUGGACACAUACGACGAAAAAUUACCUGUAAUAACGUUUGCCUUAGUGACAUUAUUUGCUGGCAUCCUUAGUACUUUUCUACCAGAAACUCUUAACAAGUCCAUGCCUCAAACCAUGCAAGACGGAGAGGAAUUUGGAGAGGGAGACACGUGUUUUUCGACUGGAUGUUUUGGCCGUUCAAAAAAAUUGCUAAAAGAAAAAGACAUACCCCUUGAAAGUUACUAAAAAAAUUAUGUACAGCAAAUAUAAAAAAAAGCUGAAAUAAUUUUUAUACGUACAAUUUUUAUGAUGUAUAUUUUUUUAAUAUUAAUUUACAUUUUAUACUUAGA